UUUAUAUCUUCUAAUCCACUCUUUCUUUCUCUCAACUCACAACAAUCAGCUGAGGAUGAUGACUGACGAGUGAAUGGCGUAGUUGAGUUGGGGCUCGCGCUCAGCAACCAAGUCUUCACUCCUGCCAGCCGUCCUGACCCGCUUCUCUCCGAGUGGUGGUCCUACCAACGGCUUGAGCUCAUCGACGACGAGGCGCCGGGGCUUUCACUCAGCAACUACCGUGGGCUCAAAUCGGCCAGAUCUCCCUCCUACGCUCCGCCAACAUCAGCACCGAGAAUCUAGUGCACGUCGCCGUCCGCCACAACCUCUACCGCUACGUCAGGCACACACAAUGAGAUUCGCUAUUUUACAGCCUCCUCCCAAUCAUGUUCCAACCAUGUUUCCAGGGCCAUUUUUUGGUUAUGUGGUGGGAUACACACAAUGCCACUCAAGCACAGUGCAGUUGAAUCAUUCUGUAGCUGUGUUGAAGAACAUGUCUUCCUCAUUUUCCUUUGUUAGUUCCUUUCCAAGAGUUCAUCCUUUUGCAGCCUUACAAAUCAGUCUUGAUGUGGGAGAUGCAUUCGAUUCUAGUGAGUGUCUCCAGCCAAAAGUUUCUGAGAACCCGAUUUUGAAUGUGGAGGACCACGUAGUUGGUAACAGUCACUCUGCAGAGACUAUUGAAGACCAUAAGGAAAGGCAAAGACGAAGAAAGAUAGGGUUAGCAAACAAGGGGAGAGUGCCAUGGAACAAAGGCAAGAAGCAUAGUGCAGAGAGUCGUGAACGCAUUAAGAGAAGAACGAUAGAAGCCUUGAGAGACCCCAAGGUUAGGAAGAAGAUGUCUGAACAUCCACGACCUCACAGUGAUCAUAUCAAGGAAAAAAUAAGCUCAUCACUUCGACGUGUUUGGCAAGAGCGUUUGAAAUUGAAACGGUUAAGGGAAAGGUUCAUUUGGUCCUGGGCGGAAAGUAUAGCAGAAGCAGCUAAGAAAGGAGGGACCGAUCAGCAAGAGCUAGAAUGGGAUAGCUAUGAUAAGAUAAAACAACAAAUAGCCCUCCAACAGCUUCGUUGGGUUGUAGACAACAAGGCAAAGGCAAAGCGGAAGGCAAAGGCAAGAGCAGAGAAAUUCAUUCUUUCCUGGGCAGAAAGCAUAGCGAAAGCGGCUAAGAAAGGGGGGAGUGGCCAACCAGAGUUAGAUUGGGAUAGUUACAAUAAGAUAAAACAAGAAAUGGUUCUCCAACAGCUUCAGUGGGCUGCAGAAAAGGCGAAGGUAAAGGAGACGGCAAAGUUAAGAGCAAGGCUUGCUCACAAGAGAAAAGAACAGGAAGGGAAGGCAAGAGCAAGAGGAGAGAUUAAGAGAAACACGAACAGAAAAUCAAAGGAAGACAAAGAUGACUUGGCAGUUGCCGAAGAGUCAAAACUUAAGCAGAAACUAAUAAAGAUUCACACAAAGAAAUCCAUAAAUUGUCAAGUUUCUGGUCGGGCGGACUCGGUGGUUUCACAUUUUGGAGCUUUGGAGAAAUUGGACCUAGAACACAUAAAGAGAGAAAAAACGCGAAGAGAAGUUUCACUAGCUGAUCAGAUCCAAGCAGUUAGAAAGAAAAAAGCAGAAUCCACAGCUAGAGAAGUUCUCUCAGCAUCAUCCUCUGAUACUGAUCCAAUGAAAAGUAUAGGUUUCCACUGUUUUCACAAACAGUAGACCCAAUGUAUGGAAGACAAGGUGACCACUCUUUCUAAUUUUGAUCAUUUUCUUGUUUCUGUUAUAGAGCUGUGCUUUGUUCGGUUCUUGAUGGUUAUUACUUAGAAGAAUAUUGGAAUCUCACAAUAUCCACUCCUAUUUUAAGUAGUUUUAAGAUCUUGAUUCUCAAUUUUUCUCCAAUGCAUCAAUGUCAAUUUGUUGUCUUAA